AUGGCGGCUCCAACUCCGGCGAAUCAUUGCAAAGUCGUGCUCGCUGGCUCGAUAGCAAAAGCUCUGCUGGCAGAGGUUGCAGAGGGGUUGUCGAAACUCAAUGAGAAACCAAAAUUGGUUGGACUACUUGCCAACGGGGAUCCUGCUGGUCAGAUGUACGCAGAUUGGUCGGCGAAAACGUGUCGAGAAAAUGGCUUCGAUUUCGACCUAAAAGUCAUUACCAAAGAAGAAAUAGAAGAAGCAAUCCUAGCCGCCAACGCCGACCCAACCAUCAACGGCAUAAUAGUCUACUACCCCAUCUACUCCUCAGGCCAAGACUCCUACAUUAAAGAACUCGUCGACCUCACCAAAGACGUCGAAGGCCUAACCCACAAAUACGUCUUCAACAUGUACCAAAACACGCGCUUCCUCGACCCGCCAACCAACAACCAAAAGUCUAUCCUCCCCUGCACCCCUCUCGCCUGCGUCAAAGUCCUAGAGUACCUACAAAUCUACAACUCUAUCCUCCCCUACGGCAACCGUCUCUUCGGUAAAACCAUUACCGUUAUAAACCGUAGCGAAGUAGUCGGUCGACCACUCGCUGCCCUCCUCGCUAACGACGGCGCAAAAGUCUAUUCCGUCGACCUAGACGGCAUUCAAAUCUUCACUCGCGGCGCCGGGAUCAAGAAGAAACAUCACGAAGUCGAAGAACUACCAAAGACAUUCUCGCUUGCCGAUUGUCUACCAUUAAGCGACGUAGUUAUCUCCGGCGUUCCAGGUCCAAAGUACAAAGUCGAUUCUUCGCUUCUCCGAGACGGGUGCGUGUGCAUUAAUUUCAGCAGCGAGAAGAACUUUGAUGGCCCGGCUAUUAAGGAGAAGGCUAGUAUCUAUGUGCCGGCCAUUGGGAAGGUGACUAUUGCGGUGUUGUUGAGGAAUUUGUUGAGGUUGGUGCAGAAUCAGAAGGCUGUUGCUGCGAGUGCGGUGGGUGGUUCUGUGGAGGGAUAG